UUGGCCCUUUCACCGUCAGAAUGAAGACCAUUCUAAGCAACCAGACUGUCGACAUCCCAGAAAAUGUUGACGUCUCUCUUAAGGGUCGUACAGUUAUUGUGAAGGGGCCCAGAGGAAUCCUCCGAAGGGAUUUCAACCAUAUCAAUGUUGAGCUCAGUCUCCUUGGAAAGAAGAAAAAAAGGCUCCGGGUGGACAAGUGGUGGGGAAAUCGAAAAGAACUUGCAACUGUUCGAACUAUCUGCAGCCAUGUACAAAACAUGAUCAAAGGUGUUACUCUGGGUUUUCGUUACAAGAUGAGGUCUGUGUAUGCUCACUUCCCCAUCAAUGUUGUUAUUCAAGAGAAUGGCUCACUUGUGGAAAUCAGAAAUUUCUUGGGUGAAAAAUAUAUUCGAAGAGUACGCAUGAGACCAGGUGUGGCUUGUGCUGUUUCUCAAGCCCAAAAAGAUGAGUUAAUUCUUGAAGGAAAUGAUAUUGAACUUGUAUCAAACUCAGCUGCCCUGAUCCAACAGGCCACCACAGUAAAAAACAAGGAUAUCAGAAAAUUUUUGGAUGGUAUCUAUGUUUCUGAGAAAGGCACAGUGCAACAAGCUGAUGAAUAAGUUGGAAAAGAUGCCAAAGGCAGUGUCCUGAGGAGUCAACACUUAUUCAGAUGUCAAAAUAAAAAUACUUUUUGUCAAAAAAAAAAAA